AGAUUAGACAAUGGCUCUACUGAAGGUAACGGGGAUUACCUACACGCUUCUGAAUCUUUUCUUGAUGGUUUACACACAAGCCCAGGAUAAAAACUCAACAGCAACACCAGCGGCUUCUACUGCCACAGUAAUAGCCUCAACUUCUUCAGCUCCUUCCAGCACGACAGCUGCGUCUAGUACGACACAAUUAGUUUCAUCAUCAGCCGCUUCUGGUGGCACGACGGCAACUUUAUUGAGUUCUUCCGGAGCCUCCCUUAACACAGCAUCGCAACCAUCAACAGCUCCAGAAAAUACCACAACUUCACCAACUCUUUCAACAAAUAUUACAACUUCAUCGACAAUAAUUUCUAGCAACAAUACAACAUCAUCACUGACAGUUGCAACACCUUCCCCAAAUACGACAUCCCCAAACACGACUUCCCCAAACAGUACAUUGCUGACCCAAACAAAUACAACGGUUUCACCAAAUGUCUCUACGACAUCCGAACACAAUACAACAGUUUCGGCAAAUGUCACAACGACAUCCGAACACAAUACAACAGUUUCGCCAAAUGUCACAACGACAUCCGAACACAAUACAACAGUUUCGCCAAAUGUCACAACGACAUCCGAACACAAUACAACAGUUUCGCCAAAUGUCACAACGACAUUCGAACACAAUACAACAGUUUCGCCUAAUGUCACGUCGACAUCUCAACCAACUACGACAGAUUCGCUGAAUGACACCGUUACAAACAGUACAGAUGUAUCAGGUACGUCAACCUCCAGCGCCACCACCAAAAGCGCAUCGAGCACCACGAGUCUUUCGUCCCCAGUGACACCAACGGUUUCCCCACCAACAACCACAAUCACUCCAACUAUACCACCACAAGGUAGCACAGUAGUUAUGAUGUUGACCGCAGUGACUGCCGGCUACCACCCAGCAAAAGUAAAUUUGACAAUGGACAACAUAAAUAGGUCAGUGACUUCAGUUUUAAUUUUCAUUAAUUUUCUUUUUAAUUUUUAAUGUUAGUAUCAAAAUAAGUUUGGAUAUCACUUAUUUAUUUUUUCCCCCUCUCGUUUAACGGAAUAUUAACUACAACAUAGAUUGUUAUUUCUCUAUUUACCUAAUGCUUGAUAAUCCCAUUAAGGAGCGAGACAUCUAGCAACUUGAGUCAGACUCAUUGAUUGAGCGAUGUCGAGGUUUCUCGAACAUUGGAUAGGAUCAGACAGGAUGGGGGUGAUCCACCCCGUGAUCCACCCCGUGCUCCACCCCGUGCUGCCAUUUUGAUCCCUAUAUUUUUGGGGGUGGCAUUUUCAGCAAAAAAAUUGUACAGUUUGUUUGAGAUGUUUUUUCGAUAAGGUGUGUUACAAAAAUCAUGGGGGAAAACUAUAUCUAAACCACCGGAUGGACUGUUUAUAAAUAGAAUGUGUUUCUUUUGUUAUUCUAAAUUAUGAAAAAAAACAUUAAAAUAUUUCUGCAUUGAGUUUUUUUUUUGGAUUCAGAGUUGAAUAAUUCAUGUUUUGUCUUCAGUUCUUAAAAAAAAAAAAAUUGUCAUCGACUGUUAAAAACAAAACAAAACAAUUUAUUAAAUUAAAAAUAGGGCAAAAAUAUGUCUUUUAAUCUUAUUUUUUUAAAUAAUCAUCAUCAACAUUCAUAACUUAUAAGCACGUUUCUCCUAUUUUAUAUCAAUAAUAAUUGUUUCUAUAAAAUAUUUCUCGUUUGAAUGAUCCAUUCACAGAUGGUCUAGAGGUCUGUGCGAGAAUAAAACUACCACGUCAGUAGUCGCCUUAAAGAUCACCUCGGGCUCAGACUAUUUCUACCAUGUGAACAGUAUUACCGAGACAACUGGAGCUGCCAACCCUGGCGACUUCAUCUGUAUGGUCGACGAUCUACCUAAUCUCUCGACAAGGUUUUAUGGAACUAUCACGUGCUCACGUGACAGUCAGAGCUGUACUUCCGGAAAUGGCGCGGGGGCAUGCGCAAGUGUCACCAUGGUAACGAACCAGUGCUCCGUUGCGAUCCUUUGGCCCUCUCAUCAAACAGUGAGCAUCGUCUAUAAUCCAAAAGUCCUUAGCUUCACUUGCAGAGAAGAAAAUAAAAUCUCUUGUUUGGCCAACAUAGACGUGUCGCAAGUAACAGGGGCAACGUCACUGCAGCCACCAGCAACACCAUCAUCAUCACCUGAAUCUCCAAUAGCUGACACUGUUGCGUCAAGGGAUGGCGACAAGGGUCACUCUGGGGUCAUCCUUGGGGUCAUCCUGUCCAUUUUGGUCGUGGCGAUCGCCAUGGGCUUAGGCGUCGUGUGGUGGAGACAACGCAGCAGCAAGCAGAGGGGAUCCGUCCAGUUCCACAACGAUGGCUCUCAGCCCAGGACGUCCAAGCCCGUGGGACUGCGGAUAGGUGAAAAGCGCACGAUGCACAGGCUCGAGAGCUCGAACAGUGACGACACAGAGUUUGAGUUCAGCAGUGUGAACCUCUCCCCCACCGCCCCGUCUCCGCAAGCUACCAUUGACGUCACCAGCGGUCAAAAGCUGCACUCGAAAAACGACUCGGCCGACCACAACACAGCGGGUGGCGCCCACCCCAAGUAUGCGACCAACGAUGAGGACAGCGGGGAUAACUCUCAACGGGUUUCACAUGUUUACGACUUGCCCACAGACGACCGUAAAGCUCAUUAGUUUUUUUUUUACGACUAAUUACGGGCAAUAUGUUGUGAGCCGUUUGUUUGAAAGCUGCAAAAUAUGGAUUGCAAUAGAGUAAAAUUAAGACUAAGCUGAAUUUUCUCCCACAUGCCAUUUAUAGUACUAAGAAAAUGUUUCCUAUUGUGAAAAAAAAGUUGUUCAAAAAUGUAUUUUAACACUAACUUCUCGUAGUCUUAUCUCGUGAGAAAUUAGGAUUACCUUCAAUAUUGUAAAUUGAAUAUUUCACGAGUAGAUCUAGAAUGAAUAUCUUAUACAGUCUCAGCGCCUCAUCGACGCUUUGGGGCUGAACAAUGCAAAGCUAUCUUUAAUUAGCGUAGUAGUUUAAAAAGCACAUUUUUUUCAUACUUAAAUAGAUGCUCAUAUUUUUUUCGUCGGAUGACCUGAAGGGAAAAAUGUCUAUUUCAGUAAACUCCCCACAAAUUUGUAUUUCCAUAAAUGUCGAGUGAUAAUGUCAUUUUUUUUAUCGACUGCCUCGGAAAAAGGGAAAGACACCAUACAUUUUAUUGCAUGUGUUAAAACAUAGUGUUUAAUGAAUAAGUCUUUAUAACACUUCAUACUGUUGCGUGAACAAAUCUUAAUAACACAUCUCACUGUUUAGUGAACAUGUCUUAAUAACAUUUCCUACUGUUUAGUGAAAAAGUCUCAAUAACACUUAAUGCUGUUUAGUGAAAAAGUCUAGACAACACUUCAUGCUGUUUAGUGAACAAAUCUUAAUAAAACUUCAUGCUGUUUAGUGAACAAGUCUUAAUAACACAUCUCACUGUUUAGUGAAGAAGUCUUAAUAACACAUCUCACUGUUUGGUGAAAAAUCUUUCAUAACACUUCAUAAAGCCAGGCAGUAAAUGAACAGUAAUGUGAAACCUUGUUUAAAUGAUAGAAAAAUCCACUUCAGUGUUAUUGCAAUGCCAGCCAGUGUACAUCAUGUGUACAAAUCUUUCAUCAUACGCCGCUUAAUCGCAGAUCCUUGCGCAUUCCACGAGUUGUUUAAAAGGAUGUUAAGAGGGCGUAUCAAAUGAUGACGCACUGUGAAUUUGGUGUGAACACGCCAUUGCUUUAAUAGGGAAUAUUUACAUCGAUUGAUUUAUUUUUUCUAUUACCAUUACAUUGCCAUGUGCUAUGAUUUCCUUACAUAUUUAUGAGCUGUAUUGAUGUCUGUUCGUUGAGUAAAUAUGUUACUGACUCUUUAGGAAAGUACACAUAUUGCUCUGUUAUUGUAUGUAUGUUAUGAAUUCUGAGAAAGAUUUACGUUGAAAUCAGAGAUAUUAUACAGACUUACGAACAAGACAAAGCGCAUAGAAUAUGCAUGUGUCCUAAUAAUGGUUUUGUUCACAUACUCGUCAAUGCUGCCAUAUAAUUAAACAUGUAUAUUAUACGUCACGUCAAUUGCCUUUUAUGUAGAUAAAAUUGUUGUGAUACAUUAAAGACUACUACGAUUUAAUAAGCGUUUUUUAAGGUAUGCCUGCAUAUUAUUUUCUAAUGAAAAAACGGGAAGUGAAGAAAAUCGUUUGACCAUCGUCUGACCACUAUGACCAGCUCACGGUAUCUCGGUGAAAUUUUGGCACUGAAUGUUAACAAUUUCUUUUUUCCCUUUUCAAUUGUCUAAAAUUUCAAUAAUGAUCGAAGACUUUGCAAAAACAGGAUGGAAUGGAUCUUCCCAGUUUUUGGCUCAUAAUUAAGGUAUGUGUCUAGAAAUCUAUUUGUACAUCAAUCGUAAUUAAAGGGUUGAGUGGUUGUUUCUUUUGUAACUUCCCU